AUGUCCUCGAACGAGAAGAAUAAGGCUUCGACUGGAAGCUCGGCCGAGAAGGCCCUGGCUCACAACUCCGCUUCUGCUCUGGAAAAGGCCGAAGGCACCCAAGCCAACACAGCAAAACCCCUCGACGAAGGCCAUCAAGCCUCAAGCACCUCGACAGAUUCUGAGCAACACAAUGGAGAUGCCAGUCGUUUGAGUGUCCGCAAAGUGUUGGCUCUGGCGGCUUUAGCCUGCUGCUGGACCAAUGCGCAAGCACCUCUGUAUCUGUUCGCUGCCGUACCUGUCUUCAUCUACCGAGAUCUUGGAGGAGUUGACCACUGGGUCUGGUUCAUCACCGCUCAUCUACUCGCCACUGCCGCCAUAUCUCCUUUUGUUGGCCGUUUCUCAGAUGUGUUUGGACGCCGUUGGGUUGCUCUGGCCGGCAGCAGCUUGAUUGUUGUCGGCCAGAUCAUGUGUGGUGUUGCCGAGAUUAUGGACAUCUUUAUUGGUAAGUCCACUGCGGACAGAGUCCUUCCUAAUACCGAUCAACCCUCGCGGGAACAGCUGAACUCGCCCUAUUGUGCGCAUCGUGGCUACUACAUUGCCGGCAUGAUUCUCACCAUCGUCCCUCUUUUGCCCUCCGUCAUGUACUCCCAGAUCAUCUCGGCCUUCUCGACUUGGAGGUAUAUCUCGAUUCUUACUGGCGGGUGGGCGUUGGUCGGCCUUGUUAUGACAGCGCUCUUUUACCACCCUCCUGCGCCUACAGAGGAUCUCAACUGGAAACAAAAGCUUUCGCUCUUGAAGGAUAUGGAUGUGGUUGGUGGUUUCCUCUCUAUUGCUGGGCUGGCUCUGCUGGAAGUUGGUCUUUUGGGCGGCGGAUAUCAGUAUCCAUGGACAAGUGCAAGAGUCUUGGCUCCCUUGAUUUUGGGAUUCCUCGUACUCAUCAUCUUUGGCUUGUGGGAAUACAAGGGAGCCAAAGCUCCCAUGAUUCCCAGAGACUUGGGUCCUGCACCUCGGACACUCAUCAUAACCAUGAUUAUCACCUUCAUAUCCGGCGCUAACUUCUUUUCUGUUUUGAUGUUGUGGCCGAGCGAAGCCUAUAAUGUCUAUGGAAACACUCCCUACGGCGUCGGCUUCCGUGGCAUGCCCUUUCCCUUCGGUAUCCUAGCCGGCUGCGUCAUCUCGCUCUACCUCCUCUCGCGCUUCCCACGCCACAUCAAAUGGAUCGUCCUCCUCACCUGCUGCAUCAUGACAGCCGGCUGCGGCGCCCUCGCAUCCGCCCGUCUUGACAACAUUCACACCAUGUACCUGGUUCUCUUCAUCGCCGGCCUGGGCGUCGGCGGCAUCGUCGUGCCCGCCUCGACCAUCGCCACCAUCAUCGCGCCGAGGGACUUCAUUGCCACUAUCACGGCCUUGACCAUCUCUAUCCGCAUCGUCGGCGGGGUGAUCGGAUACACGGUUUACUACAACGUGUUCAUCCAGAAGCUGGUUCCGCAGCUUACGGAAUCCGUGAUUGGCGCGUGCAUCAAGAGCGGGAUUACCAACAGGGAAACCAUCGGAGCAGCGAUCGAGUUGACGGGUGCCUCGCUGGUGGACGAGAUUCACAUGUUGCCUGGCGUUACGGACGAGAGCUGGGCGGUGAUCGUGGCGGCCAGCCAGGAGGCGUACGUAAGGGCGUACCCGUGGGUGUACUACUGCAGCAUUGCCUUUGGCGGGGUGUCGAUUCUGGCGAGCCUAGGUAUGGAGGAUAUCUCGGGCUUGGUUGACAGGACGGUCAUGGUUCAUAUGUGA